AUGGCUGCGGCUGUGGCCUCGGCGGCCCAGGACGCGCGGGCUCGUGCGGGCCGGAAGGAUGCGGAGUCUCCAGAGAGGGAGAUGAAGGAGCCGGCAGGAGACGACGCGGAGCUGGUGGCCGAGGCGGAGGCCGUGGCUGCGGGCUGGAUGCUCGACUUCCUCUGCCUCUCCCUGUGCCGAGCCUUCCGCGACGGCCGCUCCGAGGACUUCCGCCGCACUCGCGACAGUGCGGAAGCUAUUAUUCAUGGACUACCUAGUCUUACAGCUUACCAAUUGAGAACUGUAUAUAUAUGUCAGUUUUUGACAAGAAUUGCAGCAGGAAAAUCUCUUGAUGCACAGUUUGAAAGUGAUGAACGUAUUACACCCUUGGAAUCAGCCCUGAUGAUUUGGGAUUCAAUAGAAAAGGAACAUGACAAACUUAAUGAAGAAAUACAGAAUUUAAUUAGAAUUCAGGCCGUGGCAGUUUGUAUGGAAAGUGGCAGCUUUAAAGAAGCAGAAGAAGUGUUUGAAAGAAUAUUUUGUGAUCCAGAAUCUCACACGCCUUUAGGGAGGAAAUUACUCAGGAUAAUCUCUCAGAAAGAUCCACUCCACUCCUUUUUUCAACACUUCAGCUAUAACUGCAUGAUGGAGAAAAUCAAGUGUUACGUGGAUCAUGUGCUAAAUGAAAAAUCAUCAACUUUUCUAAUGAAGGCAGCAACAAAGGUAGUGGAAAAUGGGAAAGCAAGGACACUAGCUUCUGAGGAUAAGCAAAAUGCUACUAAUGCUGAAACAGAAACUGAAGUUCAUUUGAAUAGAGGGAAAAGUGUUAAUGACCAACAAUCAGAAACUGAAUCCUUAGUGGAUACAGAAUCCAUAAUAAGGUAUCACAAGACUGUCUUAUCUAAGUUGAAACAAGGAAGCAGUCAACCAGAUUUUAAUAACAAAGAAGAAAGAAUGGGAAUUCUUCAAAGUAAAAUAACGACAGAAGGAAACAGAAAAACCACUGGAAGCAAUAGAUUAUGUAUUUCAAAGAAUCAACCAGACACUGAUGAGAAACACAGGCGUAAGAAAAAACAGACAUGGCUUUGGGAAGAGGACAGAAUUUUGAAGUGUGGUGUAAGGAAAUAUGGAGAGGGAAAUUGGUCUAAAAUACUGUCACAUUAUAAGUUCAACAACCGAACAAGUGUCAUGUUAAAAGACAGGUGGAGAACAAUGAAGAAACUAAAACUGAUUAACUGAGACACUGAAGGCUGAAUGGGUUCAGCUUAAUACAAGGACAGUUAAAUACUUGGAUCCCUACAUUUUGUUCAGAACUUUCUGGUCAGUGAUGGGUCUUACAAUUUUUGUUGAGAGCAUUAUCUUUUUUGUGAUAGUUUUAUUACAGAUUUUCACUGUAAAAGUAAAGUUAUGUGCUGCCAGUGUUUUCUUUAAGACUUUAUUUUUGUAAAUCAUAGAUACGUCGAACCCUAACAAAUUCAGUACCCCAUCCUGUUUUAGUACAAAAGUAAGUAAGCCUGAUAAGAUAGGAAGUAUUUAUUUAUGGCUAUUUCUGUUUGCGCUAUUCCAUGUCUGUAGAUUAACCUUACAAAAUGCCACAUAGAAAUGGAUUUUCUAAAGAAUUGAACUGGGUUGUUUCUUUGUGGUGUUUGUUUGGUUGGUUUGUUUUGUUUCUCUUGGCUUAUCGUUAAUGUACUACUCACUGAAGAUUUUACUGCUACAGUGAUAAAUGUUCAAAACAGUCUAAGAGUUCUGACAAGCUUGAGUUCUCUCAGUAGUUUCAUUUAAAGGAAGAUGAGUUUUUGUCAACAAUUUAUUCUUUAGAAUAUUUACUCAAGGACUAAUAAUUAGCAUUUUGAGUUUUUUUGUGCUGUAUUUAGCAAGUGAAUAAAAAUCUCAACCUAUUGAAUUAUGUAUGUUAGAAAUGG